UUGUAUGAGCGUCGCUGUAUCGACGUAUAUUCGGUUGUUCAGUUUUGCUGAUUAUUUUACGCUGAAAUUUUAAGAAAAGGCCAGUAUAUUGUGCUUGAUCCGUAAAGAUCACAAAAACAUCUGUAGUUAAACAUAUUUUUUCAAUAUCAUUACAAAAACAUCCGCUUAACUAAUUAGUAACAAGACUGAAGUUUGAAUACAUUGUGUUAUCCACUUAUCCACAGCAAGCUCUUACGUUGCACCUGCCUUUAUAAUGGCUAUACAUCUUCUAUAAACUAUAAUUAAGGUGCAGAAUAAUAAUGGAUAACAGUUCAAGAGUACAAUUGGUGUCUGAGGACUUGAGCGUGUGCCGCGUCUGUUUGACCACUAGCAAUAAGCUUUAUAGCAUUCCUGAUGGGCUUGAAGAGCAUUUCAUACAGCUGAUGGGCGUGGAGUACUCGGAUGACGAUGGGUUGCCCCAGUACCUAUGCCCAUGUUGCCGGGCGCAGCUCCUGAGGUUUGCUGAUCUCCGCGCUCGCUGCCAACGCUCACAGGCCCUGCUUAGGGAGAUGCUGAAACAGCUAACUUUUCUUUCAACAGACGACAUACUCUCAAUAGACAGAAAUUAUCACAAACUAGCUCUAAACUUGGUAACACUUAGCGUUUACUCAUUCAGCUCACUUGAAAAAAAGACUAACACACAACCUGAGGAAAUUUGCGAAGACUCAUUUGAUGACAGGGAUGAAUUGCCUGAAACUGAUAUAGAAAUUAAAGAUGAACCCACAGAUCCCUUAAAUAACGUUACAAAUAACAUUGAAGAGACAGUUAAUCUAAGUAAUAAUCUAGAAACGCCCAAACAAUUAGUUGUAGAAAUUGACGGUUUAAACCUAGGUCAAAUCUCCGUUAAAAACUUAGAAACAGUGAAGGAAUCCAAAAGGAAAUCUAAAAAGGAGGAUAAAGAAGUGAAAACUAAGAGGAUAUCAAAUCUGCUUCGUUUUGUAGCUGGAAAAAAGAGAAACGCUAAGCCAUUGACAAAAUGGCAGCUGCAACUGCGAAGAGCGGAGAAUAAUUUUUUGCCAAACUUUGACCACGCUGAGUUUGAGUCGAAGCAUGAUUGUAAGUUGAAGAUACUGACGAUGGAAGAGCAGCUCCAGGAGAUAGAGGAACGGAAGCAGAGCAGUAAUUAUUUGAAUCUGGAUUAUAAGUGUGAGCAGUGCGGGCGGGGGUUUGAGUUUGAGCAGCCUUUUAAGAAUCAUAUGGCCAAGCAUGACCCGAAUAUCGGUCCAUUCGAGUGCGACGUGUGUCACAUAUACUUCCGCACGCAGUAUCUGCGUCACCGCCACCUCGACUACCACAAGAUGAUGUUCAGCUGCAAUCUGUGCGGAUUCAUCACACGCGCCAAACAUUUGGCGCGGAACCAUUAUCUCAUGCACACUGGAAAGGUGUUCGAAUGCAAGCAGUGUGAAGCCACUUUCACGAAAAGCACCUCAUACUACGGGCACGUGCGCCUCAACCACCCAUCGAAGGACCAUGUGUGCGGGAUCUGCGGGGACUCCUUCAUCGGAGCCCUGGGGCUACGCCACCAUCACGCGAAGGCACAUAAAGAGUUAUCGAAGUCAAAGUUGUCUUGCGAGUCGUGCGGCGUACAGUUCGCGAGCUCCGAGGCUAUGAGCAGACACACGGACGGACGGACACACUGCGACGCGUCCUUAAAAGCGUGCGUGGAGUGCGGCGCGGUGUUCGACGCGGAGGAGGCGCUGGCGGCGCACGCGCGCACUCACCACGAGUUCUGCUGCGAGGAGUGCGACCAAUCGUUCGUGAGCGCCAGUUCGCUGGAGACACACCACCAGCGCAUACACCUGCGCAUCAAGUGGCCGGCGUACGGACGGACGAGGGAGAUGAAUAAGGAAUAUUAUAGAAAGAUAAAAGAGAGGACGCGACUUCGAGCCCAGGUUGUCUGUGAAAUAUGCGGAGCGAAACUCAUGUCUAACGCGGCCCUGGAGAGGCACCAACUCGGGCAGUGUAAGCGAGAGAAAAGUAGCAAGUCGUACAAGUGUCCCUCCUGCGACAAGAUGUGCGCCACGAGGCAGGGGCUGCAGCUACACGUGACGCUACACACGGGGGAGAAGCCGCACAAAUGCUCGCAGUGCCCGCAACAGUUCAGGCAGGCGGGCGCGCUCAAGCGGCAUCACGCGACGGUAAGUUCAGAUAGACAGACAGACAGACCAGCACUACGUAUAUAGUCUAUAUACAGCUUCACGUGACGCUACACACGGGGGAGAAGCCGCACAAAUGCUCGCAGUGCCCGCAACAGUUCAGGCAGGCGGGCGCGCUCAAGCGGCAUCACGCGACGGUAAGUUCAGAUAGACAGACAGACAGACCAGCACUACGUAUAUAGUCUAUAUACAGCUUCACGUGACGCUACACACGGGGGAGAAGCCGCACAAAUGCUCGCAGUGCCCGCAACAGUUCAGGCAGGCGGGCGCGCUCAAGCGGCAUCACGCGACGGUAAGUUCAGAUAGACAGACAGACAGACCAGCACUACGUAUAUAGUCUAUAUACAGCUUCACGUGACGCUACACACGGGGGAGAAGCCGCACAAAUGCUCGCAGUGCCCGCAACAGUUCAGGCAGGCGGGCGCGCUCAAGCGGCAUCACGCGACGGUAAGUUCAGAUAGACAGACAGACAGACCAGCACUACGUAUAUAGUCUAUAUACAGCUUCACGUGACGCUACACACGGGGGAGAAGCCGCACAAAUGCUCGCAGUGCCCGCAACAGUUCAGGCAGGCGGGCGCGCUCAAGCGGCAUCACGCGACGGUGCACCUGGGCAUCGACACGCGCGUGCAGUGCGCGCAGUGCGGCAAAUACUUCUCCACGCCAUCUACGCGGAAACUGCACGUGAACACAGUGCAUCUACGUUUGCCGCCGCCCAAGCGACGGCGGCAGAAGGAAUGAGAAUCAAAAAUAUUUGAAACUAUUACUGGAAUCCAUUAUUCGUAUAUGUCUUUCCAAGGGUCUCUAUUGUUUGACAUAAUUAUUGAAAGUCAUAAAUC